AUGUUGUUGUUUUUAACUAAUAUAUAUUUAAUAUCUGUGUAUGGCUCAAUAUUUAUAUAUAGAGUCAACUGUCAAAAUUUCAGAACUUAUGUUCCACUUAACAAUUCUAGUUAUAAUACACCUUGGAAUAGUAAAGAUGACAUAUCAACUAUUGGAUUAAAUAAUUUAACUUUAACAAAAGCAAAUAAUUCAUUGGAAUUGUUAGAUUUUGAUUCUACAGAUGCUAUAAAUAUAACUACAUAUAUGAUGACUCACUACAAAAAUCAAUCAUUGAGUAACAAUUUUAUUAAUAGUUUAAAUAAUGAAAAUGCAACUUUUGUGUUACCUCCUAUAAUUUCAUUAAACAAUACAAUAAAUUCUUCAUCUUCUUCAUCUUCAUCUUCUUCAUCUUCUUCAUCUUCUUCAUCUUCUUCAUCUUCUUCAUCUUCAUCUUCCUCGUCAUCCAGUGACUCCGAAUCAGAGGGAGAUAUGAAAUAUCCUAAAAAUAAAACUAAUUAUACAGAUAUCAAAUUUGAUAGUUUAUCUGAAGGAUUAGAUGUUAAAAAUAAGACACUGUUUAUUCCAAAUGUUGAUUCACAAAACUUGAGGAAGCUUAGCCAGAUCUUGAUAAAAGUCAAUGAAGAUAUUCCAAGUACAUUAAAUGUAAAUUCUCAAGGAAAUAUAGCCAAUGAUAACAAUAUAACUACAAUACUAAAUAUAACUGAUAUACUAACUUCUAAUUCAUCUGACAAUAUAGGUACUAAUAAUUCUCAUAAAGUUAAGGAAUUAUACCCUAUAUUAUUAAAUUCUAAUAUUACAGAAACGUUGAAAAAUCUUUCAAAUGACACUUUAAUUAUUGCGGAUGAAAUUUUAAAUAAUACAAUUGGAAAUUUUAAUCAUGAUAAUAAUAUUACAAGUGAUACAUAUAUAUUACUCUCCAAGUCCAAUGAUAUUGUAACUGAACCACUUGAUCCUAUGUCUGUAGUAUUAGUACCAAUUAAUAUUACAGAUAAGAAUAAAGCAAUACCACUACAAAAUAUUAAUUCAAAUAAUGUAUCAGAUAUCAAAACUUGUAAUAUGUCUACUAUAUUAAAUAAUUCAUUUAUAAAUGCUACUAGUGAUCCAUUAAAAGCAUCUAAUUUUAUAAAAAAUAAUGAUUCAAUAGUUAAACAAGAUAAAUUACAUGAUGAACUUUUAAAAAACACAUUUAAUUCUAGUUUUUUGAAAAAUAAAAUAAGAAGUAUUAAUACUUUAGAAAUUAUUCCUAGUAAAAAUUCAACAUAUUUAGAUUUAAAUAAUACAUCUAAAGGUAGCUGUCCUAAUGGGAUCUGUAGAAGUGAUGGUGAAGAUGAUAGUGAAAGUGAUGAUGAAGUAGAAUUAGAUGAAAACGGGAAACCUAUAAUAAAGUUUAAACAACAUUCAAUUGAAAUUGAUGAAAUUAUCAAAACAGCCAAUGCUAUGAAACAAGAACCAUAUUUAGCAUCUUUACUUCUAUCAUGUACUUUCUUAAUUUCAUUAUUUGUGUUUUUGUAA